UUGGAUCUCAUCAAGUUGAGCUCACUCAGUUCUAUCCACAAGCGGGAUAAUUAUGUCCACCCCAUCUUUGUUUUUGUUGUAAAUUUUUGUUAUACACAUUAAGUCAAUCAAUUUUCACUACGUAUUGCAGAAGCUACAUAUACCAACUUCGAAUUGAAUCGCUUUUGGAGUGACCAAACACUUGUUUUAUAAUAGAAUCACGUUUGAAAUGUCUAGACUCACGUUUGAAGCUCCCCACCGCGCAACCAAACAAGCACAUAGUAGUUUUUGGUCUAAGAAGAAGAAGAACAAGAACAAAACAAGAUGUCGAAAGAAGAAGAUGUUUUCAUUGGAGCAAUUGAUCAAGGAACAAGUAGUAGCAGAUUCAUAAUAUAUGACAAAUCUGCUAAACCAAUAGGAUCUAAUCAAGUUGAGUUCACUCAGUUCUAUCCACAAGCAGGAUGGGUGGAGCAUGAUCCAAUGGAGAUAUUGGAGAGUGUGAAGGUUUGUAUUACUAAGGUAAUAGAUAAGGCAACAUUUGAUGGAUUCAAUGUUGAUGAAGGGUUGAAGGCUAUAUGGUCUCACCAAUCAAAGAGAAACCACUCUUGUUUGGAGCAAAUCCACUGGUGCUCCUCUUCACCAUGUUCUUGUUUGGAUGGAUGUUCGAGACUUAAAAAGGAGUUAUUUGGCGGUACAACUCACAUCGUAGAGAGUUGUGGUUUGCCUAUUAGCACGUAUUUAAGUGCUUUGAAACUUCUGUGGUUGAUGGAAAAUGUGGAUGCCGUCAAGGAAGCUAUAAAGAAAAAGGAUGCAUUGUUUGGAACCAUAGACACUUGGUCGAUAUGGAACUUAACCGGCGGGGUGAAAGGAGGAUUACUAAACAUAGGAACACCAACAUUUGGAGCAGCCUAUGUAGCUGGAUUAACAGUCGGGGUUUGGAAAGAAGAUUACGUUUUCGAUGCAAAGGAUAAGCUGAAAAAUGCAAAUGAUUUCCGUCCUUUAACGGACGAGGAUUCGAGGAAGAAAAAAAAAGCUGAUUCUUGGUUCAAAGUUGGUAAUAAAUCUUUUGACUUAGCAGAUCUUAGUCUUUGA